AUGUCUUACCGCCGUAACCCUGACUUCGCUAGGUGUAUCAGCAAUCCGGGACUCUCCUCUCCAAGAAUGGCGAACGGAACACUCUUGCGUCCUGGCGCCCGCGCCCUUAGCGAACUUCAGGAGGCCGAGAAGCUACUCGGCAUUAAGGCCAAUAGCUACCAUCGCCUCCGCGAGGACACAACAAGCGACCUCAUCUCACCUUUCCAGCACCGCAUCAUUGAGAUCCUCACCUCCAAGGCUCAUCUUGUCUCCGAACUCCAGCAAGCCCGCGCCGAUCUUGGUUGCGAACGGGGACGAGGCACCGAACUCGACGGCACUAUCGCAGGUCUACGUGGUCGCAACGCCUCGAUCGCAACUCAGCUGGAAAACGCAACCGAGACACUAGGUAAAGAGCAGGCUCGGCGCGCAUUACUCGAGGAGCAAGUCAAGUCACUGGAGCAAUCGGUGGCUGACCGAGCCAUCGAGCUCCUUUCUCUGCGUAAAGACCUGGGCGCAAAGCAGGCAAGAUACAGCGAGCUAGAAGGCCAAGUGCGCAUCUUCGAGAAUGCAGAGCAGCAGUUGACGAAGGCGCGGUCUGCUUUGGCUGCCGAAUCGCAGCGGGCUGGCACCCUCAACAGCAAGGUCAAGGAACUCGGUGCAAGUCUGUGGCCGUGUACGGCUUCGCGAGACGCGCUUCUGGACAGACUCAACGAGGCCAAGCAAGAGGUUGACGUAGAGAAGCAGCGCGCCAUUGAACUAGCAGCAGCCCUCACCAGUGUCCGAGCUGAGCAUGAAUCGCUCCUCGAGGCAGGGUCUGCCACCGCGGCAGCGCUCGCGAAGGAGCGGGGUGCCCUGUCCGACGCCCUCCGCCGCCUUGCAGACGCAGAAGCCAAGGAGCACGACUUGUCUAGACGGCUGUCAGCCGCCGACGCUAGUCGCAAGGACCUCGAGCACGAACUGCACGCCAAGAGUGCCUCUCUCGUCGACGCAGGCAUGGCCGUCUCCAGUCUGCAGCAGCGCAUCACUGAGCUUGAGGAUGCCGGCAAGGUCACCGCCAUCGAGCUCGCCCGAACCAAGGGCGCAGUAAUCGUCAAGGUCUCAGAGCUCGAUACUGCACGCGCGUCUCUCGCAGAACUUCGAAGCCAGCAUGAUUCACUCGCCGAGGACGUCGAUCGCCGUAAUCGGGAGCUUGUGAACGCGCACGAAGCCUUGGCAGUCGCUGAGGGGGUCAUCACCUCAGAACGGACAGAGAAGGAUGUAGCCGUGAAUAGGGCUACAGAGGCUGACAGUCUCGCUUGCGAGCGCCUUGAACGAAUCGAGGUCUUGACUACGGAGCUCGACGAAUCUCGUGCGAUGUAUGCGGACGCACAGGAAGAGAUCAGUAGGUUGCGCAGCCAGCUCGUCUCCAUGCAGGAGGACAGGAACAAGACGCUUGAUCAAUACGAGCAUGAGCGGAAGAACACACUAGCCCUCACCGCUGAGAUUGAUGACUUGCGCAACGAUCUUGAGCGCGGUCAACAGGGGCGCAACAAGAGAAGCAAUGUCAAGACGGAACUUGAGUUGACGACUGCCGAGCUCAUGGACAGUCUGUGCAAGAGAUGCGAGGAGUUCAAAAAGGACAAGCAGGCGCUCGAAGACCAUAUCGCGGAACUGGAGCACACCCAGUACACCGUUCAGCGCGAAUCGGACGGGUACAGGAAGAAGGUAAUCAAGGUCGCCAAGGAGAAGAAGGAUAUCAUCGCUGAGAAGGAUAAGCUGGUGAAGGAGAACACGAAGUUGGUGAAGGCAAAUGAGGGACUGGUCGCAGCAACGGCAAAGGCCGCCUCAGCAAACAGGCAGCUGGCCGCUGAGAGGAGCCAACUUGCCACCGAGAACAAGCUUCUCAUUCAGGAGAAGAUCCAGUUGACAGCGGACAACGAGAAGCUGAUCGCCGUAAACGUAGAGCUAAGCGAGGCGAAAGCAAUGGCGGACAAGCACGUCGAGACCCUCUUGCCCAAAGAAGCAGCUCUUCAGGACUGUUACGAAGAUACCGUGACCCGUUUGCAGCACGCUAAGGAACAGAACAAGGUUCUCCUUGACCAGGUCCAGGCCCUCCAGGAGCAAGCGUCCUACGAAGUCCUCGAGGAUGCUAGACGCAUCAACUGCGUCCUGACUGAGAAGCUCUCGAAGUGCAAGUGCCAGCGAGCCUUAGGUGAUGUCUCCAACAUCGAGCGGAAAACGGGAGUUCUGGGGGAUGUGAGCAAGGCCGCAGGAAACGAAGGUACUUCCUUAAAGCGUUGGGGCAGCUGGUUCGCCACUUGUGCAGGGGAAGGAAAACGCUCCAGUGAUGCCCAAUUGAUAAACUUAAGCCUUGAAAGGCUCUAUUACGUCGUCAAUCAUGCACCGCUGCAUUGUCGGUCGGCGCAGUCGCUAGAUCGUGAAUCUGCGAUGUUGCGAACAACGAAGGAGUGGUCCGGUGGAGGGUUGAUGUAUAGUACCGUCGUCAUUACGGCAGAUCUUCCUUACGGCUUUUUGGAUUGGGUUUGGCCUCCGCCGUACUUGGGCUAUGCUCUUCUCAAGCUCGCCACGGGCCUGAACAACAUUGUGGCUGCAAAACAACUUAUGCUGGUAUUGCUACUGGAUUCAGUCUCAGGAAACAGGCCCAACCCAGUCGCAAUGGACGUUGACGCGAUACCGUCGACAGACUCACGCCGAGCUUCCUGUCCGAUGUCGGGCUCCUUGAAACCAGCGAAGAGGGCGCGCUCGCCAGCAUCGGCGAGCUCGUUUGAAAGACCGUCCGUACGCUACCAUCAUUUCCUGCGACGCUCGGAGGCGAUCCAUAAACGCACCGCAUUUGGCGGGGAUACCUCUAUCGCGAUUCCCAUCGCUCGGCAUCCUGGUUUUGCCGACGACUGGGUAGCUCAGACUGGGGGCUUGCGGAUAGCCAGCCCGAUGCUACCAAAGGGACAAGGGCCUCCUACUGUUGCUCUGGUAGAAGAUAGCUGUACACACGUCAAGAGUGUCCUAACACAAGGAGGGAUAGCCACUCAUGAUGUCGCAAUGAUCCCCUCUAUACAAGUGCAAGGCGCAACGCCGUCACCUACAGCCACUCCUGCAUCAAUGUACGGAUCGUCAGAUGCAGGACACACAAGUAGGAAACAGCGCUUCACCAUGGGUCCGCGGGCUGAUUGUGAAAAGUGCCGCUUGGGUGUCAAAGGACACUGGAUGCAUGUCGACUAA